UGCGCAGAUGCAUAAGUGAAGUAACUAACGUUACAAUUGAUAUGUGUCAGUUUUUUGACAUUCUUCUGACGUAUAAUAAAUAAUUUUUCGGUUUUUAUCGAAUAAAAGUUUUAUUUUUAACAUGUGUAUUAAUUACUUGUCUAAUCCGAUUACAUCCUGCUCUUCCUCGUUUAUUUUGUGAUCCUUUUUGGACAUACAUUAUCAUAAUUCAUAGAUCAUUUUUACGUUUUUCUUAACUACGACAAUGGACGAAAAAUCUUCAGAUAAUGUUAUCUCUACGCAAAAAUCAUUACCAUCUUCUUAUGAUUCUGGUUGGAAUGACACACCGAAAUGGGCAUCCCCAUAUGCAGUAAAUACAAAUAUAUCUACAAAAAGAAUACUAAAUAAAAGAGUUCCAUUUCCUUUAAUUUCUGGAGAAUUAAUAAAAAACAAUAAUGAAUGUCAAACAAAUACAGCAGACAUGCCAUUGCCACCACCAUCAAUUCCUCCUUUAGGUUUAAAGACAGCACCUCAUGCUCCUUUAAUAACGCCUUCCGAUACAAAUACACAAUUGACUUGUACUGUAACAAAAUUUGAUAAACAACAAGCCUUAGUUGAUACUAUGGCAAAUUUGGAAUUGGUAAUUAAAAAAUAUGUUGUAGAAAAUAAAAUAGAUGAGGUUCAAAGGAGAUUAGAUUUAAUGAAAUCUUGUUGGCUUGAUAAUAAAUUAAAUGAUUCUAUACAACAGAAAAUACUUGACAUUUCAAAGGCAUUGAAAGAAGAAGAUGUUGAUAAAGCAGACAAACUUCAUAUUGCAUUGAUGAUAGAUCACACCAGUUUGUGUAGUGCUUGGAUACCUAGUAUUAGGCAUAUCAUUUCAGCUUUAAAGAGAAAAAAAUCAUGCCCCAAUGAUUUAUAGAUAUAUGCAAUGGUUUUUUUCAUAAAAAAUAUAUUGCGAAAAAUAUUUUUUAUAGCUACUUAGGAAGUUUUGGAAUAUUUUUUUGUGUGCAUUUUCUUUUAUGUGGUCUCUACCUCCCACAGAAAAACAGAUUUGAGUUUAUAUUCAAAUAUCAUUUAAAUGAAAUUCCAUGCAAUUGAAACGCCGUUCCAAUGCAUUACACCGCAAAAAAAACUGGAUUUAUAAUAUAUAAAUCUUCCAUAAAGUAAUUUGUAAAUUCAUUUAUUAAAAAA